AUUGGCAUUCAGCCACUUUCGAAACUGUAUGAAAUUAGGUUAUUUUUAACCUUGAAGUAGUUAUAUUGUUAAAGAUUUUAUAAUUUUAUUUAGAAUUUCUGUUAUAAUUAUGAUUAUUUCAUAGUUUGCUAAGUGUACAUAAAAAAUGAGCUUAGCUUUAAGUGACGAAUUCAAGCUUAUCAAAAAUGGAAUGGAACAUCGACGAAAGUAUACAAUGUUACAAGUCAAUUAUCCUUUGCUUCUUACUAUCUGUUACCUAUUUAUUUAGUCUUCAUAUAUGGAAAAAUCCUCACGGCAGAGACCACCCAUCAACGAUAAAGAAAAGGUUUAUAAGUGCGUUUAUUAUGUUGUUUAUAUCGCCUUGUUUUCUUUACAUUGGUCUAGAUAAAGAAAUGUUGCAAACGCAUACAUUUACUGAAAUUCUAGGACUGAGAACUCAGGGACUAUGUCAGGCUAUUUUUAUGCCACUAUUUCUAACAAUGAUCCUAUUUUUGGGACCCAUAUCAAUGGAACUGUACAGUGGUUUAUCGAAAGUUUACAUAGAAGAGAUGUAUUGGUUUUCAAAUCUUAAAAACCUAAUAUGGUUGAGAAAUCAUAUAGUAGCUCCGUUUACCGAAGAAUUUACAUUUAGAAGUUGUAUAGUACCUAUGCUACUGAACUGUUUCACUCCCCUUACAUCAGUACUAAGUAGUCCACUAUUUUUUGGGGUGGCACAUUUUCAUCAUAUGUGGGAAAGAAUACAUCAUAUGGGCAUGGCGUUCGAUUUGGCCCUAAAGAUUUCCUGUUUUCAGUUUGUAUAUACCACAAUAUUUGGAAUGUACUCAGCAUAUAUCUUCUACAGAACAGGGCAUUUUGUUUCUGUAUUUAUCGUGCAUGCCUUCUGCAACCAUAUGGGUUUCCCAGAUUUUACAGAAGUUAUUACAUACAAAGGAAUAAAGAAGUUUGUUAUAGUUGCCUUAUUUCUCAUUGGAUUUUGCUCAUGGUGCUUUUUACUGAAACCUCUAACAGAACCUGCCUGGUAUUAUCACACACUUUUAAAAUAAUUGAAUGGUAUUUGCAGUUCAAAUGAAACUGGCUAACUUCAUAAAAAGUAGAUAUUCAUGCCCUAAAACUAUCAUAGAAUAGGGCAAGCCCUAAAGAUUUGUGUGAACUGUCGAUUUUAAUGCCUAAAAGACCUAUUCUAUUGUGAUUAGGUAAUUGUUGUGUUUAGAAUAACUGUUAAUUGUAUUUUAUAAAAGUAUUAAAUUAUUAAAAAUUA